AUGGUAAAUUUUCAAGUUAUCUUCUCCCCUCAUCGCGCUUCCCAUUGUCGCGUUCCCCCGCCCAUCGCGCCACCCCCCUUCGCGCCACCCAUCCUUCCGUCGCGCAUCCUCUCGUGCCUUGUCUCCCGUCGUCGUGUCUCCCCUCGCCGCACCUCCUGUCCCAUCCUCACGCCUCCCCUCGUUUCCGGGAGCCUCCCCACGUCGCGCCUCCGCUCGCCUCGCCGCGCCUCCGCUCGCCUCGCCGCGCCUCCGCUCGUUGCGCCGCGCCUCCGCUCACCUCGCCGCGCCUCUGCUCGUCUCGCCGCGCCUCCGCAGGCCGCGCCGCGCCUCCGCUCGCUGCACCGCGCCUCCGCUCACCUCGCCGCGGCGCCUCCCCUGCCAUCAGCGCGCCAGCACCCUCGUCGCGCUGCCCCUCCUCGCGCCUCCACUCCCGCUGCCCUUCUCCCACCUGCCCAUCCCUUGCCCGCGCCUCCCUGCCCUUCCAUUCACCUCUCCCUGAUUUCCCUAAUUUUAACACCCUGCUUCCCCUCCUUCCCCUCAUUUACCCCGCUGCUUCCCCUCGUUUCCCCCUCUGCUCUCAUCGUUUCCCCCCCUUCUCCUGAUUUUCAUCCUUGCUUCCCCUCAUCCCUGCUUCUCCUCAUUUCAUCCCUGCUUCCCUUCAUCCCUGCUUCCCCUCAUCCCUGCUUCUCCUCAUUUCAUCCCUGCUUCCCCUCAUCCCUGCUUCCCCUCAUCCCUGCUUCCCCUCAUCCCUGCUUCUCCUCAUUUCAUCCCUGCUUCCCCUCAUCCUUGCUUCCCCUCAUCCCUGCUUCCCCUCAUUUCCCUCCCUGCUUCACCUCAUUUCUCUCCCUCAUUUCCUCAUUUCCCCCUUUGCUUCCUUCUUCCACUCAUUUUCCCCGCUGCUUCGUUUCCCCAUCUGCUCUCAUCGUUUCCCCUCCUGCUUCUCUCAUCCCCCCCCCUUCUUCCCCUCAUUUACCCCGCUGCUGCCCCUCAUUUCCCUACCUGCUUCUCCUCAUUUGUCCCCUUGCUUCCACCCAUUUCCCCUGCUUCACCUCAUUUCUCUCCCUGCUUUCCCUGAUCGUACUGCUUCCCCCCAUUUCCCCCCUUCUUCCACUCAUAUCCACCCCUGCCUUCCCUAAUUUUCCUCCCUGCUUCUCCUCGAAUCCCCCUCUGCUUCCCAGGAUUUCCCCCUCUGUUUCCCCUCGUUUCCCCCUCUUCUUCCCCUCGUUUAUCUUCCUAUAUCUAGCUUUCCCUCUCCCCCUCUUCCUAUCUCCCCUCUUCCCUAUCCUCCCUCUUCUUACAGUACUUCUUUCUUAUCUCACCCCUGCUUCCCUCUACCCCCUCUUCCCUAUCUCCCCUAUCUCCCCAGUUUUGCCUUUUUUCUUGUUCCCCCUCCCCAUCUCGUAUUCCCUCCCUCUCCAUGGCUAUUGCAGUGACUACACUGACGAUUCUUCUGGAAGGGAAGGGUUGAGAAGGGAAGGGUUGAGAAGGGAUGGGGAAGGGAAAGGCAAUACAGGAAAGGCAUGGAUGGGGAGGGCAGGUGGGAACAGGGCAGAGGGUGGGGUAGCAGGGAAGGGGAUGGGGGGGAUGCAGGGAAGGGGAUGGGGGGAAGCAGGGAAGGCGAUGGGGGGAAGCAGGGAAGGGGAUGUGGAGAAGCAGGGAAGGGGAUGGGGGGAAGCAGGGAAGGGGAUGGGGGGAAGUAGGGAAGGGGAUGGGUGGAAGCAGGGAAGGGGAUGGGGGGAAGCAGGGAAGGCGAUGGGUGGAAGCAGGGAAGGGGAUGGGGGGAAGCAGGGAAGGGGAUGGGGGGAAGCAGGGAAGGGGAUGGGGAGAAGCAGGGAAGGGGAUGGGGGGAAGCAGGGAAGGCGAUGGGUGGAAGCAGGGAAGGGGAUGGGGGGAAGCAGGGAAGGGGAUAGGGGGAAGCAGGGAAGGGGAUGGGUGGAAGCAGGGAAGGGGAUGGGGGGAAGCAGGGAAGGGGAUGGGGGGAAUGGAAAGAGCUGGGGGGAGGAUGGUGGGGAGCAGAGAGGGGUUCAAAACGCUGUCCGAUUGGGGUGGCGGAGGCGACAACGGGAGGCGAGGGCUUAG